CUCUACAUAACCCGUAUGAGACUGAGCUUCCGGGGUCUGUAGCUGGAGCGCCGGAGUAAGAGCAGGAUCAGCUGAACUACAGAAGAAAUGAAAAAUAUUCUCCUGAAAUUCAUAUUUAACUAAGAGCAAAGUUAAACUGCUGAAAGAGGUGAAGCAGAAGCCGUCCUGAAGAAUCUCCAGAACACACAGACAUUGUUUGAUACAUUUAACAGACAAAUGAAGCCAAGUCCUGACAUGGAGAAACAUCAGCACUCUGUCAAGAGUUUUACUAAACAGAGUAAUCUCAAAAAACACCAGCGCAUUCACACAGGAGAGAAACCGUAUCACUGCUCAGACUGUGGGAACAGUUUUACUGCACAGAGUACUUUCAAACAACACAAGCGCAUUCACACAGGAGAGAAACCGUAUCACUGCUCAGACUGUGGGAAGAGUUUUACUCAACAGAUUCAUCUCAAAAAUCACCAGCGCAUUCACACAGGAGAAAAACCGUAUCACUGCUCAGACUGUGGAAAGUGUUUUACUCAACAGAUUAAUCUCAAAAAUCACCAGCGCAUUCACACAGGAGAGAAACCGUAUCACUGCUCAGACUGUGGGAAGAGUUUUAAUCUACAGAGUACUCUCCAAAAACACCAGCGCAUUCACACAGGAGAGAAACCGUAUUACUGCUCAGACUGUGGGAAGAGUUUUAAUAUACAGAGUAAUCUCAAAAAUCAUCAGCGCAUUCACACAGGAGAGAAACUGUAUCACUGCUCAGACUGUGGAAAGUGUUUUACUCAACAGAUUAAUCUCAAAAAUCACCAGCGCAUUCACACGGGAGAGAAACCGUAUCACUGCUCAGACUGUGGGAAGAGUUUUAAUCUACAGAGUACUCUCCAAAAACACCAGCGCAUUCACACAGGAGAGAAACCGUAUUGCUGCUCAGACUGUGGGAAGAGUUUUAAUCAACAGAGUAAUCUUAAACUGCACCAGCGCAUGCACACAGGAGAGAAACCGUAUUACUGCUCAGACUGUGGGAAGUGUUUUACUCAACAGAGUAAUCUCAAAAAACACCAGCGCAUUCACACAGGAGAAAAACUGUAUCACUGCUCAGACUGUGGGAAGAGUUUUACUCAACAGAUUGAGCUCAAAAAUCACCAGCGCAUUCACACAGGAGAGAAACCAUAUUACUGCUCAGACUGUGGGAAGAGUUUUACUCAACAGAGUAAUCUCAAAAAUCACCAGCGCAUUCACACAGGAGAGAAACCGUUUUAUUGCUCAGACUGUGGGAAGAAUUUUAAUCAUCAGAGUAAUCUCAAAAAACAUCAGCGCAUUCACACAGGGGAGAAAACUACCUCAAAUCUGUUCCAAGACAAUUAAAAGUGCAAAUCGUAAAUCUUUCAGACAGAACACCUUAUCCUACACAAAUGUUUUACUCUCUCACUUGGGACAUGUUCCACCAGAAACAAACAUGAACUGAAUUUAACAAUGGAAUUUACAGGUUCAGCCAUAGACUGUAUAUAAAGAUGGACGCUGUGUCGCCGUUCCCAUUCAUUCAAUGAAAAUGAAGCCAAAAUCUUCCGCCAGUUUGGCGAUUCAGAGACCAGAGUCUGCGCAGUAGAGACCAGAAGAGGGAGAAAGGCUGUGGAGAGACCGCCUACUCAUUUAAAUAACCCCGCCCCUGAGGGCUGCCUCGCGGUCACAGACUGCAGAGCGGGGCGGAGCGGAGCUGACGGUCUGUUAUUGGUCCCGCCCAUAAGCAGCCCUUUUACCAUAACCACACCUUUUUUGAAUAGAGCCGAAUAACGUUUUAAAAACCGAAUUCUGUGGGGAUAUAAAAAUUUGACAAUAUAAGCAGAGGUUACACUAGCUGUUGCAUUUAAAUAAUGGAGGUAGAAUUACAGUAUAUUAGAAAAAAAACGUGAUUGAAAGUUGUCUGUUUUGCCAUUGAAACCUAUGGGGAUGGGUGGGGUUACACAGCUUUCUGCAGCCGAACAGCAGGGGGCGCCCGACCUGUGGUGGCCUUACUUUUAAGAGACGAUGCUCUGUCCAGCUAUAUAUAGUCUAUGGGUUCAGCAAAAUGAUCCUUAUCCAGGGAUGAUGUGCAUUGAAUUCCAUGUUAUGUUUUUCGUUUGUUCGAUAUUCCAGGAUAAGGUUGGGCGGUAUUGAAAUUUUUCAUUCCGCCAUAUUGUCGUCAGAUUAUAUGGCGGUAUACGGUAUUACCGGGGG